AUGUUAUUCGCCGCACAUCUCAAAGUUACUAUGCUUAAAUCUCGAUGGGGAUAUUAUGCUUCAACCAAUCUUCAAUAUCAACAACCUUCUCAUCAUAUUUCUGAUUGUAUAGACAGAUCAUGUGAUAUUCGAAAUAAUAUCACAUAUGUAUCAUUUGCAUUGAUAAUUCUUAUUAUUAUUUUUAUUUGGAUUUUUUGUGAAUGCUGUAUAAAACGUAAACAACAUCCUGUGAAAUAUAAACCAUUGUUAACACAUCGUAACUAUAUUAAAAUGAAAACAAUUGUUUAUACAAAUGAUAAUGAAGAAGAAAUAUUUCAGACGGGUGUAUGGUCAGGACGAUAUAAAAAUACGAGAGGACAAUGGAUAAAAUUGCCAAAGUAUAGGCUAAAAUUUAUUAAAGGGCGAAAAAUAUUAUUAGGUCAAGGUGAUGAUAACAUUGGACAAUAUAAAAUAAACGGUGUCUAUUCAUCUGUAAAUUUAAGAAUGGCUCUUACUGUUACUUAUAUUAAACUAGCUCGUGAUAAUGAAGAAAUUUUAUAUGAAGAAGAAAAUAAUUAUCAACGAACACCAAGCGAUUAUAAAAUUGAAGUUCAACUAUAUUGGGAUACUAUAACAAAACAAUUUUAUGGAAAAUGGUAUGUUGAAAAACAAAAGUUAUUUGGAAAAUGUGAACUUCGACAAUGUACUCGAAAAAUAUUCAGAAUAUCGGAAAAUAAUAGUACAAUAGUAUGA